CAAAAGUGAAAAGUUUUCGGAAUAUGUAUUACGAAUUUAAUGAAUAAUAUUUACAAAGAGCUCUACCUUUAUCAUUUGAGUCCUGAGCUUGAUUUGUUCUCAUGGCAUAAUGCAUUUUAAUUAAUKAAUAUCAUUCGAAAAUACACACAUACAUAUGUACAUCAUGGGCCACACAUACAUCAUCAUUUCGAAUCGAAUCCAAUAUCUACAUACAUAUAUUAUACUCAACUGGCACAUAUGAAAUCAUAUACAAUUGUUUUACAAACAUCUAUUUACAAUGGAAAAAGGUUAUAUACCUUCAACACACACACUCACACACACAUACAGGCUUUAUAUCAUAUAUCACAUCAAACAAUAUCAUGGAGCGCAUCAUGAAAUGCUGAAAUCUAAGACACAAGAAACACAAAAGCAAAAGCAAAUAAAAUAUUUAAAAUUAUACACGCAUACUUAUACAUAUAUUAAAAUAAAUAAAUACUUCUUUACAUACAUACUACGUGCAGAUGUUGCAAAAUAUACCAAAUAAAUACUCAUACUCGUAUUAUUGUGAAAGUAUAGUAUCUACGCAUAUUUAUAUAUAUACAUAUAUUCAUACAUAUAUACAUUAUGUAUUUGCAUGUUGUCUGUAAUUGCAUAAAAAUCGAAAUUGUAUGAAUAUUCAUAUUUAUAUAUGAAAUUAAAAGUUCUUCUAAAACAGCAACAACAUUUGAGUAACAACAAAUCAACGUUUGUUUGGAAUCUGCAUUAAACAAGCAUUCAUACAUACUUAACAAACAACAACAACAACAAGCAACACCCAAGUAACAAUAAACGAGUUGAUGAUUGAUACAAAAAUAUAAAUAAAUAACAACAAAAAAACUAAAGCAAAAACAAAAACAAAAACUAUGGCAAUUGUGUUGGUUUACUUGAGGACACGCACAAUUUCGCGUGCGUUUACCUGGAAAUCUGUGACAUUGGGCAGCCAACUGGAUGCUUGGGCUCGCGCUGUCAUUGCUGGCAAUCCUGGGCUGUGGUCGGGCAGCCAGCGUAGCUGUGCAGCUGCAGAGCCCCGCGACGAAUGAGCUGAACGACACCCAGACGGAGCUGCGACCGCUGUCGUGGCUGCGCAGCGCCCAGGAUAUGUUCGCCAGCCCGGCGGGGCAUGUGGUCGUCCAGGUGGCCAAGGAGCUGCUGCACCGCUCCGCGGGCAAUAGUCAAGUGCUCAGCUUGAACCUCACCAAUCUGCUGAUCAUAGUGCUGCUCAAGGUGCUCAUCUUCUCGGCCGGCCUGCUGGGAGCGGGCCAUUGGAGCGGCGUGGGCUAUGGCCAUGGCUAUGCGCGCUCCGCGUCGCGCAUCGACGGCACCUAUGGCCUGGGCCUCAGCUCCGGCGAUGAUUAUCUCAUAAUGGGCUUUCUGGCCGCCCAGGGCGCCGGCCAAGACGACUGUCUGUAUGCCGCGGCCUGCGCCUGCCCCAACGCGGCCUACGAGUACGCCAAGGCGGGCCGCGCGCUGCUGGGCGCCAUCGAUGUGUUCCAGGGCGCACCGCUGGAGAAGCCGCGCUACAACGACCUCAUCGUGCUAAUGGAGCGCGCCGCCUACGACGGCUAUCGAGGAGCCAGCUGCAACACCACCCAGUCCUGCGAUGGCCUCCUAUAGCCCACCUGCCCCGCC